UACUAACGUGGCGAGCUCCAUAUCUUUCGUAAUGGGCCUAAUGAAUUUCCAACCAUUCAUAAGGUCCAUUCAUUCCCAUGCUUGAGACACACCCUUGGCCAGUGACGUGAUUACGUAUGUUUACGCAAAGCUGGCGCUCCGGUUUCCUGGCGGAGAAGAUGGCGGCUCCUGGACCGGGGGAGUAUUUUAACGUUGGGAGCCAUAUCUCAUGUCUUACAUGCUUGGGACAGCGAUUGCAAGGAGAGGUUCUCGCCUUCGACUACCAAUCGAAGAUGCUGACCUUGAAGUGUCCUCCGGCCAGUGGAAAGCCCAACUUGCAUGAUGUAGUCCUGAUCAACCUUGCCUACGUGUCGGAGGUCGACAUCAUCACUGAUCGCACGGAAACUCCGCCCCCGCUAGCCUCGCUGAAUGUCAACAAGCUUGCCAAUAGAGCCCGGAUGGAGAAAGAAGACAAGUUGUCUCAAGCUUAUGCAAUUAGUGCUGGAGUCUCCUUGGAGGGUCAGCAGCUAUUUCAGACCAUACACAAAACUAUCAAAGACUGUCGGUGGCAGGAGAAGAACAUCAUUGUGAUGGAUGAUGUGGUCGUCUCCCCACCUUAUCAGGUGGACAACUGCAAGGGCAAGGAGGGGAGCGCUUUAAGUCACGUACGCAAAAUAGUUGAAAAGCAUUUCCGGGACGUAGAGAGUCAGAAGUCCCUCCAGCGACCACAAGCACAGCAAACACAGAAGGACUCCUCCACGUUAUCAUCCUGAGCAGAGGCAACCAAUCAACAAACAGACAGACGAACAGACCGACAAGAAAGAUCAACACCACCACGGCGAAGGCAGUUCCUCCUUUUU